UUAAAAAAUAAUAAAACCGUAGGUAACGUUUUUAGUUAUUUUUUUAAUACCUGUAUGAACUAUUCAGCUUUAUUCCAUAACUAUUACGUGCAAUAUUAUUUUGAACAUCUGUAAUCAAAGGAUUUUUUUACUAUCGGUGAUUUAUUAUUUAUAAUGAUAUAAAAUGUAAAAGUAGGUAGGUACGUAUUACAUACAUGAAAGAAAAAAAAAAUUGAGCUAGAAGUCGGGACGUGGAAGUCAGAGCAGGCGUAUGACGUGAACCGCUGCCAUGGUUGACGCAGUUUAUCGCGGUAACAUCGACGAAUUGCUGUCUGUGAUUAACCACCUGAAGAAAUACAUAAUCGCAUUCAUAAUCGUUCUGCUAGUUCUGUUAUCGGUGUUUCAUUUCUCCAAGUUUUCAGUACACGUCGUGCCGCUGAUCAUCGUCACGUUAGUGCUGUUGCCGGCCGUCUACUACACGACCGUUCUCGUUCUGAAGUUUAGCACCAACGUAAUUGCUUCGAAUCAAGCCGGAGAAGUCUCGACAAUGAACUCCAACAACAACCAACAAGUUUUAAAAACUCCCGAUCUCCCGUAUCCAAACAGCCCGACCCCACCACCAACGUACGAGGAAGCAACGCGGAAUGAUCAUUACUAUCAACCACAAUCGUGGUUGCCUUCAACGAGUAGUGGGUAUACCAGUAGUGGCCAGUCGACAGUACCCGCUGUUUUCAGUGUCGAAUAUCAGUACAACGAUACCAUACCAAAUGUCAAUAGUGGAAGACCGGCUACGACUAAGCCCACAACCAUACCUAAUCAGAUCCAAGACAAUUAUACGUCGUCGCAUAAGACAACGAUCCAAAACAUUCCCAGCGUGACCAUAACUUUGGACAGCGAUCAACAUCAAACUGAAAUGUAAUAAAAUAAUAAUAGCUGAGUCUAAUAUCGAGUGUCCACAUUCAAAUUUAUUGAAAAUUUAGGAUUAUUAAGACAUUCAAGAUAAAUAAGAUACAUCGAAUCAUUUGAAUUGUUAGGAUAAUCUAGAGAAUUUGAAUAGUUGGAUUUUUCAGCUCUUAAAGUUUUUAACUAUUAAAUCAUUUAAUUGCAUUAUUAUGAUUAUCUAGGCAUCAUUUUUAAUAUUCGUCAAAUAAUAAUUUGUAAAAUCGUUUUUGAUUCUGCAUAAGUAAUUCAUAAGUAAUUUUAAUUCGAUCAUAUAAUUAGAUUACUGAAAGUAUAAAUAUACUAAGUAUCUGGAUACCAAGAUAUCAGAAUAUCCAACAACUUAUAAAAUCCAAAUUAUUUCAUAGCAUUAAAUGAAAUUUAAUUAUAU